AACGCGGUGGGCAUAAACUGCCACUGACUGCUACUGCUUCAGACAGUUGGUCCCGCCUCCCGUGUCUUACCUGAGAGACUGACCUGAGCACCUGCCGUACCUGUCCGCACAGGUACCGCGGCGUCGCACAGCAGCGGAUCGGGAGAUGGCGGAGUCUCAGCUGGUGUGCAUGGACGAUGCGCACGUUAACGAGAAGAUCCCGGAGACCAGCCCGGAGUUUUACUACAGCGAGGAGCAGCGCGCGGCCCUGGAUCAGCUGCUGAGGAACGGGGACGGCGCCUUCAAGAUGCGUCUCAAAGAGGACAACAUCAAGGACUUCCUCUGCGCCAGGGAGAUAAGGUUCAUCCGCAAAACCUUUCAGGAGUAUGACACGGACAGUGACUCAGAGUCCGGGGAGCACGAGAAGUCCAAGGAGUCCUCCAGCGCGGACUCUGGGGUCCACUCCACCUACUGGCCCCAGAUGUCCGACACAGAGGUUCCGUCUCUGGACAUCGGCUGGCCCGGCAGCAGCGGCGUGUAUAAGGGAGUGACCAGGGUGUCCGUGUACUCCCACCCACCCAAAGAGCCCGGGCCCCACAUCAAGGAGGUAGUGAGGAGGCUCAUACAGGAGGCACACAAGGUGGUGGCCAUAGUCAUGGACCUCCUGACAGACCUGCAAAUCCUCCAGGACCUGCUGGAUGCCUCGUCGCGGCGCGGGGUGGCUGUCUACACUGUGCUGGAGGCCAGGGGUGUGCCCCACUUCCUGGAUAUGUGCACUCGGCUGCAGAUUACUGCCGUGCAUCUGCGGAAUCUCCGUGUGCGGAUGGUGCGAGGUUCAGGGCUGGCCCUGUCAUUUGGAAAGCUGCCCGGGUCCCUGUGCUCCAAAUACAUGCUGGUGGAUGGAGAGAAGGUCAUGUUUGGCUCGUACAGCUUCACGUGGAGUUCCUCUCGGAUUGACAGGAACACGAUCACCGUGAUGUCGGGUCAAAUCGUGGACACGUUCGACAAUGACUUCAGGGAGUUGUACGCCGUGUCUGAAUUGGUGGAUCUCUACAAAGAGUUCAACAUCACCAAGCCACCCAUUGCUACGCCCAUCAGGAAGCCAAAGGUGGAGAAAAAGAACCAGCCUCUGCCCAUCUCCACGUCCCGCUUUCAGGUUUCUGUCGGGGACUCAAGACAGGUCGAUCUAAAGGUACCUGCACACAAGUACCACAAUCCUAAGUACUCUUUAGUUUUUGGGAACAGUACAGGCCUCACAGGUUCCCUUCAAGACCUGUCGACCCCGAGGGACUCGCUGAUUGGCGGGCUGAGUCACAGGAACGGCCUGUACAACAGUACCCUUAAUGUCAGCAGGGACACAGUGGACCGAGUCCCCGCACAGAGUCCUGGUUCUCCUGCAGAGGAGGAGGAUGAGGAUGGAAAGGGAGGCUUGAAGAAGAACCAGCUCUUCGGAGCGAAAAAACAGCGUAGCUCUUUCAGACACUUCCUGAAAGGCAGAGCCAAUCAGGGCACAGAGACUAUAGAGGAAGGUGUGGUCACUCCUCAGAGCCCCGCCCCCACCUAUAAGGUGUCAGAGACCAAUGGUAACGCAGGAAAUGAGGUGGAGGACUCAUUUGAGAUCAUUGAGAAACCCGGUCCACUGAAAUCCAAAACCAAGAAGCCCUCAAAGAUCAUUCAGAGAAGUAUGUCCCUGCAGACCAUCAACACUGGAGACGAAGACGGACCUAAAAGCCGGCGGCGGCAUCAAAAGAAGAACUGCAUCCAGUCAUGAGAUCAAACACAAGAGGACGGUCUGUCAUAGAGACACCACAGGACCUCCUGGUUAAACAUGCUGAGUCACAGUAUCACCUUACUGUAACCAGGCGUCAUGACUUCAGACAGUGCCUCCCGCCUGUUACACCUCAGGUGAAAGUCCUUACAGGAAUGACCACUGAUGAGAUGUUGUAGUUUAACUGAUCAUGUGAGGACAAAGAGAAUCUCAACAUUGAAGCCAAAGUGCUGAUGGAGGGAGAUUUUAUGGCCAUUAUUUUAGCUUUUCUGUUUUUUUGUACUAAAUUAAUUCAGUUUUUUAUAUCUUAACCCUAACACCAUGAGCUGUGACCCAUAGUGUGGGUGGAUUACAUCACACCUGGUCGCUAUGGAGAUCAGUGAUCAGUUGUGCUUGUUGUCCCUGAGAGCCGCCUUACAGAGGACCCUUGGUAACAGAAUAAGUGUUUGUCAGAGUGUGUUUUACAGGCUGUGAAUAAUGCACGCCGCAGCGAGUGCUGCCGUGUUGACACAGUCCUGCUUUGUUUCUGCUCCGCCGUGUGACGACUCUGUUUGCACUUCGGGUUUAUUCAGGUGGAGCUGGCAGAGAUUAAAAUGUGAAUCCUUGAGAACCACUUGAGAUGCAAAUAUUCUUAAUUUUGUAGCAGAAAUUAAAUAAAAGACAUGAAAACAGCAACUAAAAAAGUGGUUUGUGGGAUUAAAUGUAAACUGAAACUCAGUGUUAAGAAAUAUGUGGAGCUGAGCACAAACACCUUUUCCAGGAGGCCAAAUAUCUAAUCAAAAAGCCCACUGAGGUCAUUAAUUUUGUAUUUCAGUCAAAUUUAUGUUUUAUUGCUCUUAUGAUGAGUGCUUUUAUUUUU